GCUCGUGUAUAACGUGUCUGGCGCUCCGUAACAGAACGAUCGCGUUUACAUUCAAAGUUUACACUGAGGAUUGGAAAAUGAGAUUGUUUUACGAAGUUUACAAAGUUGGAACGUGUCAAUUUAUUUAGUUUUAAACUAAAUUAACUUAGUGAAAAAGUUUUGAAAGUGAAUAUUUAAUACUAUUGUGCGAGUGAGUUUACAAUGCAUGACAGUUAAGUUGGAGUUAAGCAUAUAAUCUCAAAAACCAGUGUUGCAAGAUGGGCGCUUAAGAUUGAAUUUUUUUACGAACGACUGCUAGAAAGUUGCUUGGAUCACCAACAUGAAGUCCGAUCGGCUUUCACCGUUGACUUUACUGCUGAUUUGCACAGUUGGAUGGCUAGUACGGGCAGACGACGAGCAACACGAUGCGAGAGAAGGGGACAACGUCACCAUGCAAUGUCGGUUUUCAUUGGAGCCCCUCGCCGGAGAACCCCUCACCUACUACUGGGUGCGGAGCACUGCCAGCGGACACGAAAACGUUGCGAUAGGCAAUAUUCCCCUCGAAACGAACUACCAGAUAACAUACGCGCCGACGGAGGGUCGCUUCGACUUAUUGGUAUCGAAUGUAUCGUACGAGCGAGAUAAUGGGCGCUUCGAGUGCAGAGUGAAGGCGGGCGGGUCCGGCCGGACUCUGCAUUCUCAGGGACAUGCCCUCACUGUACUCAUACAGCCCCGACCUCCUACCUUGACGCCGGGCACGCACACGCAGUCACAAGAGGGCCGAGAACUCAAUCUUGCCUGUUCCAGCUCAGGAGGAUCGCCCGAACCCACUAUCAAGUGGUACCGAGACGGUUCAAUCUAUCCGAUGGAGGCGAUGAUGACGCAUGCGAAGACCAGAGCCGAGGCAACAGUUGCGACCCUCACCCUCAACACUACAAAGGAAGAUGAUGGCGCUAUUUUCCGCUGCGUGAUCUGGAAUCGUGCUAUGCCCGAGGGAGAACAGCUGGAUGCCAGCGUCGAGCUCAGUGUCAAUUAUUUCCCACGGAUCGAAGUAGGACCCGAAAACCCUUUGCGAAUCGAAAUUGAUGGCACGGCCACGAUGGAAUGUAAAGUCGAUGCCAAACCGAAAGUCAGCUCUGUACGAUGGACCAGAAACGGAAAAUAUAUAUCGAACUCUUUCACUCACACGAUCCAGGGAGUCACAGUACAAGACGCGGGCAAGUACGCUUGUACCGCGGACAAUGGUCUGGGCCGACCCGGGGAGAAAGAAAUGUAUCUAGACGUAUUAUUCCCACCGAGUGUCAAAGUGGAAUCUAAAACAUACGAAGCCGAAGAAGGCGGUAACGUGCAUAUACGAUGCGAUGUCUCAGCCAAUCCUGAACCCAUCUCCGUGGAAUGGAUAAUGGAAGGGAAACCUGAUUUCCACCAAAAAGGCAACAAUCUAACGUUGACGGGUGUAAACGCGAACAUGGCUGGGACUUAUUUGUGUCGGGCGGUUAACGUUAUAUCGUCAACGAACGGAAAGCGUGCUGAACGGUCAAACAGCGCUUCGGUCGCGGUUCUUGUACGGCAUAAACCCGGGCGCGCUUACAUCAGUCCGGACAAGCCCAUUGCACAGGAGGGGACCGGGGUUACGUUGACGUGCAGCGCGAACCCUCCCGGCUGGCCCGCCCCGCAGUACAGAUGGUUCCGCGACAUAGAAAAUUCUGACACGAAGCCCGCUGUUCUCGCCACCGGCAACAAGUACACCAUUCCGAGCGCACAUCUGGGCAGCGAAGGCGUUUAUCACUGUCAGGCCACUAAUGAACUCGGCCACGGCGAACUAGCUUCGGUUACUCUAGAAGUCCAUCAGCCUCCGCGCUUCCAAAUGAAACUUCAACCUCACACGACGAAACGGGCCGGCGAACAGGACUACGCGGUGAGCUGCAGCGUGCUGGGCAAACCACGGCCCACCGUCAGAUGGUACAAAGAUAAUUCGGAGAUCAAGCCUGAUGCUAAUCUGUAUGAAGUCAAGAGUGAUAUCGCCGAAACCAGCAACGAAGUGUACAACGUACAGAGCACGCUAAAGUUCAGGGGGAAAGCAAGACCGAACACUAAUGAUUUAUUACCAGAAGACAGGGGUAUCUACUCUUGUAACUUCGAAAAUGAAGUAAAAAAAGUCGAAUCCACAAUGCAUCUUCGAAUAGAACACGAACCGAUAUUGAUUCGACAACAUAAAAAAGUAGCUUACGACAUCGACGAAACAGCCGAAAUAGUGUGCCGAGUGCAGGCGUACCCCAAACCGGAGUUCCAAUGGUUCUACGGCACGAACACCGCGCCGCUUCAGAUGUCCUCCGACGGACACUACGAGAUCAACACGACGACAGACAGCAACGACUCGUACUUCAGCAUGCUACGAAUAAAGAAAGUGAAGCCUCAGGACUACGGCGACUACUACUGCAAAGUGAAGAACUCGCUCGGCCAUAUACGACCUCAGAUACGACUGCAGCCGAAGGGCGCUCCGGAGUCGCCGUCCGCGCUCGAGAGCCAGAAGGUCGGACCGACGUAUGUGACGCUCAAAUGGGAGGCAGGCUUCGACGGAGGACUGUCGAAUACGAAGUACUUCGUGCUGUACCGGCGGGCGUCGCUGCGAGGGGUGGGGGGCGCCGGCAGCGACGAGCACUGCACCGUGGAGCGGUCCACGGACCGCGACUGGAUGGAGUACGACUGCGGACGCGCCAACCCUUGCAACGUGACGCGCCUCGACCAACACAACGCCUACUCGUUCAAGGUGAAGGCGGUGAACACGAAAGGUCACAGUGAGUAUUCGAAUGAGCUCACUGUGACGACUAAAGUGGAUAAGAUCGCCCCCCCGGAACAAGUGACGUACGAUCCGAGCUCGCGGAUGAUCGUGUUCACGGUGGUACCGACCUGCCUCACUGUCGUAGGAGUCGUGGAAGGACUGGGCAACAUGGGAGGAGCUACUGGCUGGCAGGUGGUUGAGACAAUACCGCUGCGGCUAUCAGGGUCAACAGCGAUCGUGCAGGAGUCCACCUUAGAAUUGCCCAGCAAGUCCAGUCGAGUUGCAGGCAGACACAUGUCGGACCCGCCUCUCGACGAACUCAAUCCCAGGAUCAGACUCAAACUCUGCCUGCAGGUCAACCAAGAGGUGUGCAGCGAAUACGCCGAAGCUGAAAUCGGACAGUCGUACGUGAAGGAAGCGUCUACCUUGAAAACGGCAACGAUGCUCGCCAUUUUGUUUUCCGCGAUCAUGUUCGUCGUGGUCGCAGCCUUACUGUUCAUAUUCUGCCACUGUAAACGAAAGGAGAGCAAGAAGGACAGGUCUAAAGAUUACGAAAUGGACUCCAUGAGGCCGGCGAUGGUCACCCCUCAGAACCAAGCGCCGCCUCCUUACUACCCAGGAACCGGUAUGGAAAACAAGGCUCUGGAACAUUCCAUGGAUCUUGGCCUUAUGGAUGAUUCCAAGAACAACAUGUACGCCACUCAAGGAGGCUACCUCUGCAACGUUCCAGUUCAAAUCAAAACUCAUCACGGACAAGCCAUUCCUAAUUCUGACUGGAACAUGGGCUUCGUCGAGAACAGCUAUACGAAUAGCAACAACGGGGGUAGCGUGAACUCGCAGGACUCUCUGUGGCAGAUGAAAAUGGCCGCCGGUAACAACGGGGGAGCUAUGCCCGCGCACCAGCUCCUAGACCGACAGAGCAACUACGAGUACGACGGGAUGACGCACGGCGGGUACCGCGCCGUGGACGACUACGCGCCGUACUCGCACCUGCCGCCCCCCGCGCCCGCCGACUACAGCCUGCACCCCCCCUCGCGCCAAGACUACUGCUCCGACCCCUACGCCUCCGUGCACAAGCCCAAGAAGCCCAGGGCCGACCAACACAUCGAGUCACCGUACCACGAGGUGAGCGGGUUGCCGGAGUACUGCGGCGCGGGUCCGACGGAGGAGGGGGGCGCGGAGGACAAGGCGGCGCACAUGUCGCUGUGCUGCGACGAGUCCCUCGAGUCCGGCUACUCCACGCCCAACUCCCGCGCGCGACGCGUCAUCAGGGAGAUCAUCGUCUGAACGACACCCGACGCCGCAGCUCCGUGAGUCCUCACCGCCUCAGAGCGCGGGCACACGAUGGGUGCGGCACCGCAACGCGUCGUGUGCCCCCGCUCUCACUGACGCGACGCCUACUUACAGCGUAUCAUUAGGGUUGCCACACGUCCUCCGACUCCACAGGAAAACAUUAGGGUCGCUGCAUCUCUAUUACCAUAGUAUUGUUCUCAGUUUAGUGUUAACACGCUUUAUAAUAUAUUAAGCUACGGUAAAAUACCCAGUUUAUAGAAAUUGUAAUUAUUUAGAGAUAAAAAAAGGACGUGCCUAAAUCAUCAGAAAAUGAUGGAAGACAUUAUAACAGUAAUAAAACUUAAGUAAGAGUUCUCUAUUUUUACUUAGUUUCCAUUAUUUUCAUAAGCAAAUUACACAUCGUGGCGACCCUGGUUAUCGUUAAAUUUCGUAAGCCCCCUCCCAAAUUAUUUUUGUACACAGAUAAUAACCUACGUAAAGAAAAGAAUUUCGCUUCGGUAAAUGCACAGGGUAAAAUGUAGAAUAACGAAACGAAAAUUAUUAUUGAAAUGAUUUGUUUAAUUAUUUUCGUCCUCGGCAUACCGCGUGAACUUUGAAUCUGUUUUGGGUUAGAAACACAAAUCAAUUGAAAACUAAAUGCUCCACCAAAAUAAUGUAUCUUUACGAUUUUAAUUACACGAAACGUAUGCUUAACUAGAGCUGCCAAUUAAUAUAGUAAGGUCAUUAAAAUACAAUUUAAGUCGUAAUUCCUCAAUCAUUUCGUUCAUAUAAUUUAUUAUCAUGACAUACGCUGAAACGAAGAGAAGAAUCCUGUCCCAAUUUUAAUGAAUCUCUCAUCAUAAACCUUUUCGUGUUUCGUCACGGUGCGCAUUUAUUAAAUGAAUGUUUAAAUGAAGGGCCCGUUAGAUUUAAAUCUUCGAUGCCUAACGUUGUGAUUGUUGUGUCAAUUGUGAUAUAGGGAACGCACGUUGUGACGGUUCAUUGAAUUCGAAUUAUUGUGUAUGUAAUGCAGUUAAUGGAAACCGGAAAUGUAAUCUAAUGUUAUGUACAAUAACAGCGCUAUGUUCUAACACUAGAUUUUGAAAGGCAGUGUAUAAAACGAACAAGUAAUGAAACAGCGAUAGAGUAGAGACGAACAAAUUCGACUAAAAAUAAUCGAUUUUAAUAUUUUGUUUUGAAAAAAAAAAAAAAAAAUUUGUUUGGGUUUUGAUAAUUUUUUGAAAUCGAUUUUUCUAUAAUCGUUAAAAAAAUACGGUAUACAUCUAAAACGUUGACGUAACAUUUAGUCUAAUAUUAGUACUUAAUACAAAUUGAUACAGUUUUGUAUUUCUCAACACUAAAUUACAAAAAUACAAUUUAAAGAAAUUCAUCUUACAAAUUAUAAACCAAGGAAGAGAUAUCAUUAAUAGGUACGUUUAUCUCAAAAGCGGACGUUAAUUCGUUCACUUAAUUAUGCACAUUGUCUUGUGAGUCAAAUUGCUUUGAUAAGCUUUGUUAGCAGACUGUGACAGAUUAAUAUCGAAAUCGGACGUAAAAUUAAUUUAUGCAAUGAAUACACUAUUAAUCAGUAAACGAAUAAUAAUCAAAUUAAGAGAUUAAAAAAACCGAAACAAAUCUAAAAACCCUGCCCUAGAAGUAAACCGGUCAGUUUUCGUAAUUUUUAUACGUCAAUUUCCCAGUGAACGAUUUUACAAAAAACAUUCGAAUUGUAUUUCCUAUUUCCACAAACAUGCAAACGAGUAAAUGAUUAUGAAUGUUGAUCACUAUUAUACUUAUAUUAUAUACAGUAUACUGGGAGUUGUUUGUAACUUUCUUGUGUGAAAGCUGCAUUGCACUCGCCGUACUGGACUACAGUACUAUUGAUGUUUUGUAAAUAAAAAACUAUCAUAAUUUUGUCUGUUAAUUAUUAUAAUCUUAAGAAGUUCUAACUGCCAGUUUGAGCAGCUACACAUUUUGGUGGUGAACAAUUAGAAUAAUCGCUUUUAAGUGAAUUCCACUUGUAACGGGAUCAUUGAAAGGAUAACUGGUUCAAAUACGGCCGGUAUCUAACACAACGCUGAUAACUAAGUAUAUAAAACAGAAAUGAAACUAAAUCAGAUACCAGAAAGCUUAUUCGAGCGUUAUUUGUGCCGUCAGUGUCGUUUGGUUUGAAUCGUAAUCCUUUGCCCGUUUCAUCUAUCCGUUUCCGCCAAUAACCUACAAGACUCUUAGCAUUACGGUCUAGAGGAGCGAAAGAUCUAUAAAAAAUAACCUAGACAGUUCUUGAAGAAAGGUUUUUUGACCAAUUUCUUAAGAGCUUCGCUACGUACAAGUACCUCCUCGAGGUCAAAGAUGAGAAUCCAUGCUUGUGAACACGUAAAUUCCAUAAAUACCACUCGACGUAAUUAUUCCUCGAGGAAUGACAGCAAUUCAAAUUACGUCAAGGGUCUCACUUAAAAUUCUCUAGUCUACUCGAUAAUUCACACGAGACGAAUCAUUCACGGCUUACAGUUAUGUACACAAGGUCUACUUUCUAUUGAAGGUUGUAUUCCGAUUUUUUUAGAUUAACGUACUUAAUAGCACCGUAAGUUGUAAAUAUUGUAUUUCUUGUUAACGUCUUCACUUUUUUUGAAGAAUAAAGAAUUUUUAGUGAAGUUAAUUAGAGUUUAAAAAAAUAAUUUAAGGAUUUAUGAUUAAAUUUAUCUUAUUGAAAUUCUUGUUCGCUUCUAUUUAGAUGAUUAAAGUAAUAAAUUCACAUGGAAGCCAUCGAUCGUACUCGUAAUUUUAGGUGAUGAGCCGCGUACAUCACUGGACGUGAUGUGGAUCACAAUUUUUGCUUCCACUUGAGCAUUCCUCUUUCGAAGUAGUAGAGCAGUAUGUUAUUCAAAACAAAUGCUCUUUAUAAAUAGUUUAGUGUGGGGCAUUAGUGCAAUGAAUAAAACCGGUGCUCCGUUCGAAUUAUAGUCUUCUCAGACGAAUGCUCAUUUCGGAAACUAAUUAGUCAGUCAGUGUGUGUGUGCCUUUCGGGCUAUUCGUAUGAUUUAUGUAUAGAUGUAAAGACUGCCUUUAAAUCUCGUGAGAGUAUAAUUUUAUUGUUUAUCAAUAAUAAGCUCUUGUAAGUGGGGUUGUGAAGAUUCUGAGAAGAUUUGUCGAGCAAUUAACGGCUGCUUAACAAAAGAUUUCGCAUUAAUAUAGAACAUUACAUAUUGUAAGUUAAUUAAAUAUUGAAAGUGUUAGUCAAAACGAGUUGGUAUAACUGAUGAUACUAACUUAGAUAGAUAGACGCAAACAAAAAAUGUUGGAUAAAUAUAUUUUGUAUUGUAUUGCAAGCAAUGUAACACAAAUAAAAUCGACUGACGUCUAGAAUCAACGAUAAAGGGAGUAGGCGGGGUGGGUCUACCAGUUUUCUUGAGCUAAAUUGCUGGCUCACGAAAUUUAAAGUUUCUGAAAUGAUAUCUAAUGAUAUUUAUGUUAAACCAGUAAAUGAAUAGUGUUUUCCGUUCACGUUAGAUAUGUUAGUUUUUGUUUUAGAUUCGGAAACGAUCUCUUUAUACCCUGUAUACAGGUGUAACAGAAUGCCCUUUCCGAAGUGAACACUUUCUUAACUUAACCGGAACCGAAAAUGACAUUUAUUUGCUAAUUCAAGUAACCUUUUAAAGUUUUCAAUAUUUCCUGAGCGCGCAAUGUAAAGCUUACAAUUUUUCAGGAAUCAUUCCCAUACAGCCAAUCGCGUUAAGAAUCUAUUUGAACGUUAGUGACAUUAAUGACAGGGUGUUACUAAGGCAUCUGUAUUACAAGUAAAUAAAUAUAUAUAAAAAAAUUUUUUUUUUUUUUGGGAACUGCUGCCGUAAAUAUGACAUUGACCCCAUUUUGUAAGUACCUAAUAAACUUAUUCUAUUACUACCGCUUACUUACUAUUCUUUUUAUGUACAGUAUUGUUACACUAGACAACCUAAUCUAGAGUUCCAUCGACAUUAGUCUACCCACAAUUUAGAUCAUUAUCGCGCCGUAUACUACAUUUAAUUACUGAAUCUUUUAUUACAUGAAUACUUUACGUAUCGAAAUUUAUAAACAAUAUUUUUUCUGGUUCAUUUACUUUUAACCUAUUCACCUAUGCGACUUUUUUGAGAAAAGUUGUCAAAAUGUGAAGAAAAGUUCACACAGUUGGCGAAGCAUUAGUCGCGCAUUAUACGUUCAAAUAGAUUAUUUUCGAGCAUUAUCUGAUUUUCAAUUCUUUAGUUUAUGAACAAACAAAAAAAUCUAAUAUCUCUUUGGGCGUAGUUAAUAGCCUUGUAUUUCCGAAAAGUAUCAAAGAGAAUAUUUUCAAAGUAUUCGUCUCCCGAAAUGAUAUUGGAACGAAGUGUCCCACCUAUAUUAGCAAAAGUGAUACUUGAGAUGACCGAGACUUUGAUAAUUAAAUUAAUGUUUUUUUUUAUGUAUUUAUAACUUUUAGGGACUUAUGAUGAAUUAUUAGCAUGAUUUAGAUUUUUUCGUAUUAGUUUUUAAUUUUUCUAAUAUAAUCUCAGUGACAUCACGGUUUUACGAAGAAAAUGAAUUUUUCAUUAUUUUUUUAUUAUUAUUAUUAUUAUAAUUAUUAUUUUCAAUUUCAUAGACACAUAAGAUAGAAAAAAUAUAUAUAUUAUGUGUUGUCUAAAAAAAGAGAACAAUAUAAAUAUUAUGUAGGUACACUUAAUGUUAUAUGACUCCGUAAAUGUCAAGUUUGUUACUGAAAAUCGACUCCGCAAUAAACAUAAUGUAUUAAUGUAAUUAAUAACCAACUGUAAGAUUAAGUUCUAUGACAUUCAUUAGCCAAUACUUGUACUUUAGUAGAAUCCGUAUUAUAUAAAUAUUAAAGAGGUUAGCGGAUAUUAUUCAAACAUUACGAAGCCUAAUUACUAAAUAUUGAUCUCAUUUCAUGGCACACCUAAAUAUGUAGCUUCGUCUAAAAUCGUACCAAUCUAGAGAUCGCUUAUUACGUUCGCAAUAUACUUCAAAAGGUGGUUACUGUUUUUUAUAUUGGUAUUAACAUAUUGAUAAGUGUGAUAAUAUUGUAAAAUCACUGAUUACUGCCCGUCAAUCCCAAGCUAACAAUACGUUUGAUGAAUGAAUAAUGUUUUACAUUUAACAUUCGUUACAGGGAAACGUCUAUGUUCGGUUUAAAAUUAAUAAUACAAAUGAUUAAUGUAGAUAUAAUUUUUUUAAUCAUAGUAAUGUAUGUAAUUUUAUCUGUAAUAACACUGCCUCUCUUGGACUUGUGCCAUAAUCCUAUUAUACUUAUAAGUUCUACGAUUAGGGCAUCAGUCCAACGCGAAAAGUCUUAAAUCUAAAAACUGUAAAACCAGAUAAUUUAGAAACACCCAGUAACUUUGAAACUUGAAGCAUUUAUCCAUGAUUACUAAACAUUUUUUUUUAUUUUAUUAUCAUUUCUUGGGAAAAAAAUGACCAGUGAAAUUUCUUAACUUCUACUGUUUUAAAAUCAGUAAAGUAUUUAAAAUUGAAAAAAUAAAUUUAUUUUUUAUUUACAGUUGUAAAUUAUAAUGCAUUUUGCAUAUAUGAACUGCAUUAAUUAUAUAUUUUCUUGAAUAUAAAAGUCAUAUUGCACUGUUGUAAUCAAAUGUAUCAAAUAAUAAAAUAUAACAAUUAGCGUGCGUCACUUCCGUAUCAAAAAUAAAAUGGUUGUUCGUUUUAAAUUCAAACAAUUCUUACCCGGAAAUGAAAUUAAUCAGAUCCAAUGAAAUUCAAUCAAAUCGAAGUUAAUGUAAAGUAGUAUUAAUUUUAUAUCUCUAAUAAAUAUUUAGGUCAUAAGACUGUAAGCCUAAAUGUUUAUGUAUUACGAGGUACAUCAUCGAGAGUAAGAUUAAGAAUGAGCCAUACAUUAAUAUUAAUAAUUUUUCGGGACAUACUAAAUAAACAAUUGUAAAUAUUAUAUUAAGCCUUUACGUACAAAUAAAUG